CCUGGGCGGUCACUUCCUGUCAUGCAAUGUAUGAUCGGUUGGUUCUAUAUCGGAGUGGCUGAAGGGACCUUGUGACGUAUUGAGGGGAGGAGCUACGUCACAUGUGUGAUCUCCCAGACAGAGGAUGGAGCAGGGUAAAAGCCCGGGAUCAGGCACGCCGAAGAAGUCCGCAUUAACCGGCAGUGCCAGGAAAGUGAAAGAUAAUGCUGCGGAUUGGCACAACCUGAUGCUGAAGUGGGAGAGCUGUAAUGACGCUGCGUUCAGUGCUGCCAGCAAGAUCGUCAACCUUAGAAUCAGCGCACUAUCGUACGAGAAGCUGUCGGUAGAUAACGCGCUGCCCGGUAAUGAGAACGCAGACAAGGACAAGGCAGAACUAGAAAGAGUAUGCUCGGAGUUACAGGGCCUGUUGGAGCAGAUGAAACAAAUACAGGUGAAGAUGGAGAGACUGACUUCUACAUUCAAAGGGGUUUGUGAUCUUGAAGCCUUCCAGUGCAGCGGGAAAGAUUCCAGACCCGUACUCUUCCAUACGUGGCCCACGGCACUUUUUUAUGAAACUUCAGUAAAGAUGUCAGACAUGUACAAGAGAGAAGUGUCGCUGAAGAGCGUGAUUGUGGGGGAAAUGGCGCACACCUCGGAUCAGGACCUGCUCAUGGUGUAUCUUUCCUGCUGGUUAUAUCAGCCUUACAUCGACAACGGCAUCAAAGUGCUGCUGGAGAGUAUGCUCCUGGAGACGGGACACCGGCCCCUCUAGCGCUGCCGGCGUGGGACCCACUCCUGUAACUGUUCCACACUUUGGACUCUCCCCGUUUUGGUUCUUGGCGUGCCGCGAGCCAGAACCCACCUGGUUGGUGGACGUUCUGGACACUGGAGCUCAGUGAGAGAGAUAACUUUGGACGUAGCGGGGUCCCUUCAGCAGACACAUGCUUAUAAAUGCAACAGAUAGAGUCCCUGCAGCAGCAACACAGGGUAACCGGGGCGGCUAUAGGAGAUAACACAUUAUGUAACAGUUCAGGAAGUCCGGUAUAAGUCUGUGUGAGGCCACGUUACCAGCAUGCAGAGUGUGCCUUAGCCUAGGUAAGUGAUAGGCCGCUGGAUACACAUUAGGCGUCCUCUCAGCUUAGUCAAGUCCACACUGGCCUCAGAUUAGGUCUAACAUGUUGCCACCUAGAAGUCAUUAUGGUGUUGCCGGGGGUGAUAGCAGAGGUACAUCUAUGGAGAAAACGCUUUGUCGUUCACAUUACUCGGGAAGCAGUAAUAUAAGGCACUUUAUACCAUCCAAUAAAUCUGCUCUGCAGCAA